AUGGCUGUCUCGAUAUCACAGCUAUCUUUCGAGCACCACCGCCUGGCUCUUGGCAUAGCCGAGUCAGAGCCUCGCAUCUCGUGGAGGUUCGGAGGCAAUGCUGUCGACUGGCAGCAGACUUCUUACGACCUCGAGGUCAUCAGGGGUACCAGUGGCGCACCAAGCAUUCACAGCGUCAACUCCUCCGACUCACUGCUCGUCCCAUGGCCCGAAUCGCCUCUAAGCACGGCUGAACAAGCUACUGUGAGGGCCCGAGCCCAUGGUCAAUCGGGUCAGCCCUCGACACCGUGGUCCGACUGGGUCACUGUUGAAACUGGGCUCCUCAACAGCAGUGACUGGCUGGGCGCUGUUCCCAUCGCCGCCGAUAGAGACACCGAAAUCGACGCUCCAAAGCGGCCCAUCUACUUCAGAAAGACUUUCCCUGUGACAGCAAACGUAUCAAGCGCUCGCCUUUACAUCACUGCGUUGGGCUUAUAUGAAGCCGAGAUCAACGGAAACAGGGUCGGAGAUCUUGUGCUUGCCCCGGGCUGGCAAUCAUACAACUAUCGGCACGUGUACGAUACGUACGAUGUUACUGAACUUGUCAACAGCGGGGAUAACGCCAUUGGCGUUGUCGUUGGUGAGGGCUGGUUUUCGGGUCGCUUGAGUUAUGGAGGCGGCUUUCGUAACAACUACGGUGACACCAUUGGUUUGAUUUCUCUCCUCGUUGCCACUCUCGAUGACGGCAGCACCGUUGAAAUUCCCACCGACACCUCGUGGCAAGCGAGCACCGGUCCGAUUCUCACAUCUGAGAUCUACGACGGCGAGAAGUACGACUCCAGACUAGAGGCGGACCUGGAGGGCUGGUCUUCUGCGGCUUUCGAAGCCAGCGGCUGGCUUGCUACGAAGGAGCUAGAUGCGCCCAAAGGCGAUCUGGUUCCACCUGAUGGACCACCCGUCAGGCGGGUUGAAGAGAGGAAGCCUGAAGCAAUUUUCCAAUCGCCCUCGGGAAAGACCAUCAUCGACUUCGGACAGAACCUUGUCGGCUGGCUCAGGCUUACUGUUUCUGGGCCCAGCGGGACAAACCUCACUCUCCACCAUGCCGAAGUUCUGGAAGACGGUGAACUAGCCCUAAGACCCCUUCGGUACGCCACGGCAGAGGAUUCCAUCAUCCUACAUGGCAACGGUAACCAAACAUGGGAACCUCGUUUCACAUUCCACGGUUUUCGCUACGCUCAGAUCGAUGGUUGGCCGGCAGAGACCCCAUUAACGCCCGAAUCAAUCACGGCGGUCGUGGUUCACAGUGAUAUGGAAGAAACUGGUUGGUUCGAUUGCUCGAAUCAACUUCUCAACAAGUUUCAUCACAAUGUCCGAUGGUCUAUGAAGGGCAACUUCCUCUCUAUCCCAACCGACUGCCCGCAACGCGAUGAACGUCUUGGGUGGACUGGAGACGCACACGCAUUUGCUCCCACUGCCAACUACCUGUACAACGCCGCCGGCUUUUUCAAGGGCUGGCACAAGGAUAUUUGGUCAGAAAUGCAACGAAACGACUCCAUGGUCGUUCCCUUCACUGUGCCAACCAUCCCGCCGGAGUCUCCCGCCACGCCUGCUGCUGUGUGGGGUGAUGUUGCCGUCGCUAAUCCCUUCAAUAUUUACCAGGCCUACGGCGACCUUGAUCUGUUGGAGGAGCAAUAUUCUCAAGCUCAGGCUUGGAUUGAUGAGGGUAUCAGUCGCAACGAGGUUGGUCUCUGGAAUCGCAGUUCGUUCCAGUUUGCGGAUUGGCUUGACCCCAAAGCUCCCUCGGAUGCACCUGGCAACGCUACGACUGCGAAGAUUCUCGUUGCGGAUGCUUAUCUCAUUCACAUGACGGAGUUUCUGGCCAACAUGUCAGCAGCUCUGGGUCGGGACGAUGCCGCGACGGAAUAUCGCCGUCAACAGAACAACCUGACCGAGGAGUUCCAUAAUGCCUGGAUUCAAGACGGCGCCCUCGCAAAUAGGACUCAGACUGCGUAUGCCAUGGCUUUGGACUUUGGUCUUUACACCGACGAGGAGCAGCGUUCUGCUGCGGCGCAGACGCUGCGUGACAUCGUAGCAGAAAAUGACUACCUCGUCGGCACGGGCUUCGCCGGAACUCCUCCCUUAGGGUUCGCUCUCCGCAACAUCGGAGCUACGGAGGACUUCUAUCGCAUGCUUCUACAGACUCGGGUUCCCUCGUGGCUUUACCAAGUUGUUCAGAAUGGCACAACAACUUGGGAACGUUGGGACAGUCUGUUGUCGAACGGAAGCGUCAAUCCUGGCGAGAUGACGAGUUUCAACCAUUACGCCUUUGGCUCUGUUGCCAAUUGGAUGCAUCAAGUUAUCGGUGGCAUCGCUCCUGCUGAGCCUGGCUGGAAGAGAAUCGCCGUCGCCCCCGUCCCAGGCGGAAACAUCACCAGUGCGGACGCCAAGUUCAUCAGUCCCUACGGAGAGGUCAAAGUUCAAUGGUGGUUUGAGAACAACACGGAGGACAAUGCUUUGCACCGCAACGGCUUUCAUCUGAAUGUUCAAGUCCCGCCCAACACCAGGGCCGACAUCACGUUGCCUAAUGGGGGCGCGACCACAGAAGUUGGGUCAGGUUAUUACGAAUUCCAUGACCCCAAUUACCAGCUGUCUUAG